GGGACACAAAACUCUAUGUAUCCUUCCUGCGCUGUGCUAUGAAGCGGACGGCAGAUGAGCUUGAGAAGGAAGCUUUGGCCAUGCCAUGAGAAUUGCUCCGCAGACAAAGGAUGACAAAGGAAGCAGUCAACAGAAAGGAAUCCACAGACUCAGUGGGAUUUUGGCGCUGCCAGAUAGAAGCGGUCUAUCGUCGGCGGAAUCCUCACAAAUUGAAAAACAUCCAGGCGCUAUUGGAGAAACAUGUCGGCAGAGAAGCUGUCCUAUACGCAAAAGUUUGCAAGACCUAUGAUCUCGACCCUGGAAAGUUCUACACAAGUCCUCAGGCAUGGGAACAGUAUGAAACUGAUGUGAAACCAGAGGAGCCUGGCCAUGAGGCACCCGCCGAGACAGGCUCAGGAGUUUCAGUUCCGAGCCUGUUUGGAAUCCCUUCUUUCGACAAGAAGCAGGAUACCAAUGGCAAGGGUCAAGACGAAUCCGAUGAGGAGGAGCAACGACCAGAGCCGGAACCUCCGCAAAAAGCAGAGGGCGAAUGCAAAACACAGUGAGACGAGUUUGGUUUCUGAAGGAGAUCAUGCGUGCACUGGCAAAAGAGAUGUCGUGGUUGAUUGACUCGUGAAGUUUGUCAGCAGUCCACUCCCCAAG